AGCUCACAUUCAUUCAUUAUAAAGGCACAAGUCGUUUCGUCUCUUUCCACCUUCAGCCAUUUUGACAAUGUUAGGAGCUGUGGGACGCUGCUGCACCGGGGCUCUCCAGGCACUUAAGCCUGGGGUCCAGCCCCUGAAGGCCCUUGUUGGAUCGCCAUCUGUCCUUGGUCGCAGAGACUACUCUGCACCCGCUGCUGCUGCCGCCUUCGCCCAUGGCAGGAUCGUAGCGGUCAUCGGUGCCGUCGUCGACGUCCAGUUCGAUGAGGGCCUCCCACCCAUCCUCAAUGCCCUGGAAGUCGCUGGGCGUGAGUCUAGGUUAGUGCUGGAGGUGGCACAGCAUCUUGGUGAGAACACUGUGCGUACCAUUGCCAUGGAUGGUACAGAAGGUCUUGUCCGUGGACAGAAGGUUGUGGACACUGGCGAUCCCAUCAGAAUCCCAGUAGGUCCCGAGACCCUAGGCAGAAUCAUGAAUGUUAUUGGGGAGCCCAUUGAUGAGAGGGGACCAAUCUCCACCAAGCAGACUGCUGCCAUCCACGCCGAGGCCCCAGAGUUCACUGACAUGAGUGUGGAGCAGGAGAUCCUGGUAACUGGCAUCAAGGUGGUAGAUUUGCUGGCUCCCUACGCCAAGGGAGGCAAAAUUGGUCUGUUCGGUGGGGCUGGUGUAGGCAAGACUGUGUUGAUCAUGGAGCUGAUUAACAAUGUGGCCAAGGCCCAUGGUGGUUACUCUGUGUUUGCCGGAGUGGGAGAGCGUACCCGCGAGGGAAAUGACUUGUACCACGAGAUGAUUGAGUCGGGUGUCAUCAACCUGAAGGAUGACACCUCCAAGGUGGCUCUGGUGUACGGACAAAUGAACGAGCCCCCUGGCGCCCGUGCUCGUGUGGCUCUGACUGGUCUGACUGUGGCUGAGUAUUUCCGUGACCAGGAGGGUCAGGAUGUGCUGCUCUUCAUCGACAACAUCUUCCGCUUCACCCAGGCUGGCUCAGAGGUAUCUGCUCUGCUGGGUCGAAUCCCCUCCGCUGUGGGUUACCAGCCCACCCUUGCCACCGACAUGGGUACCAUGCAGGAGAGAAUCACCACCACCAAGAAGGGUUCCAUCACCUCUGUGCAGGCCAUCUAUGUGCCGGCUGAUGAUUUGACUGAUCCUGCCCCUGCCACCACCUUCGCUCACUUGGACGCCACCACUGUGCUGUCCCGUGCCAUCGCUGAGCUGGGUAUCUACCCUGCUGUGGAUCCCCUGGAUUCCACCUCCCGUAUCAUGGACCCCAACAUUGUCGGCGCUGAGCACUAUGACGUUGCUCGUGGCGUGCAGAAGAUCCUCCAGGACUACAAGUCCCUGCAGGAUAUCAUUGCCAUCCUGGGCAUGGAUGAGUUGUCUGAGGAGGACAAGCUGAUCGUCUCUCGCGCCCGCAAGAUCCAGCGCUUCCUGUCCCAGCCCUUCCAGGUGGCGGAGGUCUUCACUGGUCACGCUGGCAAGCUGGUGCCACUCAAGGAGACAAUCAGUGGCUUCCAGAGCAUUCUAAAUGGUGAGUACGAUGCCCUGCCCGAGCAGGCUUUCUACAUGGUCGGACCCAUCGAGGAGGUGGUUGAGAAGGCCGCACAGAUGGCGAAGGAUCUUGCAUAAGUUCAUCUUUCUCUGUGAGGAGAGAGAAGCAAAGAAAUGGAGGGUUGUGUAGAAGGAGCACUUGAUUUGUAAUAUCACAUGCAACAAUUCCCUGUCAUGUAAAGUUAUAGGUAAUCUUUCCAGUGGAAGAUGGAAUAAAGAUUUGUUUUUGGUUUGGUCUCUACUGUAUAUUUUGGCAUUUUUCAAUGUUGCAAUGCUAUUCCUGUCUGGGUGCUGUCAGACUGGUUGUAAAAUGUCAUCCUACAGCAAUGAUCCACUAGAUGGCGAUCAAAGGCUUUGAGUGACUAAAUAAAACUGCUUAAAGUUGA